CCCUCCCUCCGUUGUGCUCUUCAGAUUUAUCUGAUUGCUGAUAGAUUAUUCGUUGAUGGCACAAUUGAUGAACAAUCCCACACCUGCAGAUGUCAGUCAUCUCCCUCAUCGUAAUCAAGUGGCCAGUGAAAGUUUAGAGGAAGAUGGUCUCGCCCAUUCUCUAUCUAAGCAGAAUAAUAGGAGUCUUAUCUCUGAGUUUGAGAACAGUUCGAUAGAAGUUUACAUAUGUGAUGGGAAUGGUUUUAAGAAGAAGAUCGUUGAAGAGGAGGCGGCGGCCAAGUCUAACGAUGGUCAUCAUGCAAAGGCCAACAGCUCCUUUCUCCAAUCAACUGUCAAUUUAGUUGGUAUCAUGAUAGGGCUUGGGCAGCUAUCUACUCCAUACGCUCUGGAAAAGGGUGGGUGGAUGAGCGGUUUCCUGCUGGUAGGGUUCGGAAUAAUAUGCGCCUACACAGCAACGAUAAUGGGGAGAUGCCUGAAGCAAAACACGGAGCUGAAAAACUACCAAGAUCUUGGACAGAGAGCCUUGGGCAGCAAGGGGCGAAUCAUCACAAGCACGUUUCUUUACGUAGAAAUAUUUUUGGCGCUGGUGAGCUACACAAUUUCAUUGGGAGACAAUCUGGGCAUCAUCUUCUCCAACAGAACCCACCUGGGGCUGUCGUGGGUUCACCUGCCACCUUCUCGUUUUCUCACAAUUAUUGCAGUUGUCAUGGCGCUGCCCAGCCUGUGGCUCAGAGACUUGAGCUCCCUAUCUUUUCUUUCCUCCGGAGGAAUAGUCACUUCCCUCCUGCUUUUCUUUACUGUCAGCUGGGCCGCCGCCUUUGGAGGCGUGGGGACAAAACGUUCCAUUCCUUCGCUGCAAAUGAUCCAUAUUCCGGGGAUUUCUGGGCUCUAUAUUUUCAGCUACGCGGGUCACGUUGUUUUCCCCAACAUAUACAGAUCAAUGAAAAAUCCUUCGCAGUUUUCCAAGGUGAUUGCAGUGAGUUUUCCAUUAAUAACAGUGAUUUACACAGGCUUGGCCUUCAUGGGAGCAACCAUGUUCGGAUCAGAUAUAAAGUCCCAGAUAACUUUGAACAUGCCCAGACACCUCAUUGUGACGAAAAUAGCUUUGUGGGCGACUGUAAUAACACCAAUGACCAAGUAUGCAUUAGAGCUAGCCCCUGUGGCAAUGCAGUUGGAAAGUGUCCUCCCACACUAUUUGGGGUCCAAAUCACGAAUGGCCAUCAGGGCAACCAUAGGCUCCCUUCUGCUCAUCAUAAUCCUCAUCAUAGCCCUCACUUUGCCUUACUUUAGUUAUGUUCUGGCACUCACAGGAUCCCUUCUGAGCACAUGCAUCUCCAUUGUUUUCCCUUGUCUUUUCUAUAUCAAAAUAUGCAGAUCUUCAAUAACCAUACCAGGCAUGGCGUUGAAUAUAGUGUUGAUAACUCUGGGGAUUUUCUUCGGUGUUGUAGGAACCAUUUCUUCAGUUCAGUCAUUGUUUGAGAGUGUGAGGGAAUCGCACCGAUAAGAAAAAUUGAAUUGCAAGCCUAUAAAAAUUCUAAACAGUUGUUUGUAAUAACACCAAUGACCAACUAUGCAUUAGAGCUAGCCCCUGUGGCAAUGCAGUUGGAAAGUGUCCUCCCACACUAUUUGGGGUCCAAAUCACGAAUGGCCAUCAGGGCAACCUUAGGCUCCCCUCUGCAAAUCAUAAUCCUCAUCAUAGCCCUCACUUUGCCUUACUUUAGUUAUGUUCUGGCACUCAUAGGAUCCCUCCUUAGCACAUGCAUCUCCAUUGUUUUCCCUUGUCUUUUCUAUAUCAAAAUAUGCAGAUCUUCAAUAACCAUACCAGACAUGGCGUUGAAUAUAGUGUUGAUAACUCUGGGGAUUUUCUUCGGUGUUGUAGGAACCAUUUCUUCAGUUCAGUCAUUGUUUUGAGAGUGUGAGGGAAUCGCACCGAUAAGAAGAACUGA